GGGUCCCAGCUCCCCAUAUGGAAAGCACACGGACGCCUCGGUACACUGGGGACGAUCUUGCCGCCUAGCAACAGGAGCCAGACCUACAGAAUCACAUCUCAGCAAUCAUGGCGGACACUGAGAGUGUGACCACUCAGGACACAGAAACACAGCCGGAUACCGACCCUCUCAGCGAACUGUCAGACGAAAGGCUCUACCAACUGGUAGAAGACACACUACAAUCCAACGAUGUACUAAACACAGAAACGGAGAUGUUUGAGAAGUUCCUGAAGAGGGUGGAGCCGAAAGACGGCGGCCACUCUAGCCUGGGGUCCACCAGCACACCUGUCACAGCCACGCCCAGUGCCUCCAUGCAGGACCUCCGCACUGUCGGCAGGAGAAGAUCCAAGUCCAAGAGCGGGACCAUCGAGCGGCUGCUGAAGUUGUCAGCGGAACAGAAAUGUGACAUCGCACAGAGAGAGCUGGAGGAGCUCAGGGAGGACAUCGACAAGUUUAAAGAAGAGUCAGAGAAAAUCCUGGACAAUCAUAAGGCACACAUAGAGGAGUCUGACACCCGACUGUCGGAGAUCAGGAAGUCCUCCUAUGAGUUUGAGAGGGACAUACUGAAGGGCGGGGUCAACCCCAGAACAGGGAAGGUUGUCGGAGAGAGAGCCACCAGAUAUUUUGACGACAGAAUAAGAGCUAAGGACACGUUGAUAGAAAAGCUGCGCCUCAAGAAUUCUUCCCUAAAAGUACAGAAGAGAAAGCUGCAGCUCCAAUUAAAACAGAAAGAGGAGAUGGGAGAGGUCCUGCAUGAGGUGGACUUCCAGCAGCUGAAGAUCGAGAAUGCCCAGUACCUGGAGCGCAUCGACGAGCGGAACCAGGACCUGCUCAGGCUCAAGCUCAUGGCAGGCAACACCAUGCAGGUCCUCAACUCUUAUAAGAAAAAGCUGAACACGCUGACAGCGGAGUCGGAGAGGCUGAAGUCAGAGAUCACAUCCCGACAGGACAUGCUGACCAGGAUCGACGCCGAGACUAACUCUGUGGAGGAGGAGAGGUCAAAGGCAGAAAAGGAAAACAAGAAGUACCGUACCCAGCUGGCUGACUACCGUGUGCCAGACGUCCUGGACUAUGUACAAGACAAGGCUGAUCUCUAUGAACUACAGAAGACUGUCAAGAGUUGGGAGAGGAAGGUGGAAAUUGCUGAGAUGGCCCUGAAGACCCAUAAGAAGACGUGGUACCAGAUGCAGAUGGCUAGUCAGCACAUCAGCCCCUGGAAGCAGCCGCUGGAGGCACAGUAUCAGUAGUUAGGUUCUGUAUCAUACAACAGUUUUCCUAUGUAUACAACUUUGUUUCUGUACUGACGGCUGGCUUCUUUGCACUGAUGAAGAGUUGCAGCUGCUGAAGUUCUUGGUAGAGAAAAAAUAAGGUUGCGUUACUUGCAUACCUAAGUAUUGAUUUAAUAACCAGAUGAAAUUAUUUACUGAGUUCUGUAUAAUAGUUUGGUGAACAACUUGUGGUACUGGGGAAUUCAGAUGCACUUAUUUUUGCAUUAUUUAUAGUGUUUAUCAUGUCUGAUAACACGACCACAUAAUUGUGCCUUUGUGUAAAUACCAUGAAGGAAGACUCAUAUAGAAUGAAGUGCACAAUAAGCAGAUUUAUUAAAAGCGAGGCUUGAAAGCAUCUCUUGGUUGAAAGAUAUUUGGUUGAACAGAAAGGCUAGUACCAGCUGUAAAUAUUCCUUGAUGUAAAUGAUUGCCUUCCAAUAUAGUCGCCUCCUUGUCAACAGGAGAGUAAGUCUACCCAAAACCUGGUUUCUGAUCACCGAGCUUCGCCACAAACUACCAACAAACACUUGUGCAGAUUGGGUAGUGAUUCUCUUAUACUUGUAAAUAGGUACACUGCAUACCGUCAUUUGUCUUGUGCACACCUUGUCAUCACAAAUAGAAAUAAGUAGAAUUCAGACCUACCUAAUGAUUGUAUAUUUGUUGAGUUUCUGAAUUUCAAGUACAUUAUUUCAUGACAAUCAGCCAUUCAAAAGUUCAUCUAUCAAACAAACUGUGUCAAAACUGAUGUUCCAUGGCUAGGUCAUGUAUCUUUAACUUAUAAAAUGAAUGAGCAGAAAAG